AUGAAUGAAGAAGGUGCAGAAACCCUUAGCUCUCUUGCUCUAAUAGAUUUGAAUACUGCUGCAAAGGAUCCAAUGGAAAUUAUUGGCUCCUUCUUUCGGGGAGAUUCACUUCUCUUCUCAUCUAAGAAAGUUGAGGAUGAUAUAGAGUCACAAGGAAAGAAAAUACUGCAACAUGAAGAUAAUAUCAAAUAUUUCAAGAAUCUUAUCAGAAAAAGCCUUGACCCUCUCAUAGCUCAAAUGCAAGCAAGUCUUGGCAAUCAUCCAUACCGGACCAAACAUAUGUCGGAAGGCCAUGUCCACCACCUUAUUACGAGGUUGGAGGAAACCGUUGAGCAUAUUUUGCAACAUGAUGAUAAAUCCGCUGCUGCCGUUAUUUGCGACCUCACACGUCGAUAUCAUCAGGCCAAUCCACCUCCUGCUCCUGUUGCUCCAAUUCUAUCGGACGUCCUUGGUGUUCUUGCCACUCUUGGGACCGUUGACGACAUCAAUCUUAGCACGGUUCUAUCAGAGUAUCUGGGACUGGAUACCAUGUUGGCAUUAGUUUGUAAGACAUAUGAUGGUGUUAAAACUCUUGAGACGUAUGAUGAAGAAGGACUUAUAAAUAGAACAACUGGUCUUUAUGGGCUUGGAGCUUCCAUUGGAAGAAAUCUGGAAGGAAGAUUUCAUGUCAUAUGUCUUGAACAACUCAUGCCAUAUGGUGGUGAGUUUAUGACUAAUGAUCCACAGAGGAGGCUUGCUCUUAUCAAACCAAAGUUACCAAAUGGCGAAUCUCCAGCCGGUUUUAUCGCGUUUGCUGUGAAUAUGAUCUAUAUCGAUAGCGACUAUCUAUCAUUCGUAACAGAAAAUGGGCAUGGGCUUAGAGAGACGCUUUACUAUAAGCUGUUGUCGCACCUGCAGGUGUACAGAACCCGGAAAGACAUGAUGCAGGCCCUCCCUUGUAUCUCCACUGGAGCCAUAUCUUUAGAUGGUGGCAUCAUAAGACGACCCCAUGCUAUGUUUUCUCUUGGGAGUACUAGGAAAGAAUUAGAUGUUAGUUUUGGGGUAUGUUGUGGGGAUGAUUGUUUUCCAUCGGAACAAUACAUUGAGAGGGAAAACAAGAUAAAGAAAUUGAAGUGGAAAAAAGAGAGAAUGAUGUCGGAUAUGGAGAGGGAAGAAGCUUUAUUAGCCCAUGAAAAGCACAAGUUCGAGGUAAAAAAGGAAGAGCUACUCAAGUUCAUGGCACAACAAUCACUGGAUCAAAUGCAGCAGCAGCAGCAGCAGCAGGCGGAAGGCACUGCCGCGCCACUUCAGGCAACAAAAGCUGUUGUGCUUCGCCUUACAGCAACAACGUCCGGCAGCAACUCACAGCAAACAUCAGGCGCUGUUUCUCCUUCUUCUUUGCCCGAACAGCCGGUACUGCUGUGCCUCACCAAGCAGCAGACAAGCAACCAGCAGGCCGUCGUCUCCUCGCCAAGCCACGGGCAGCAAACAGGAAACAGCAGCAUUGCUGUGCGGAUUCUUCAUUUCCCUCGCCCAAACAGCAGCUCUGCUGCGCACUUCAUCGCCUCCUCAGACCAGUACCAGCAGCUGUGUCCUUUCGAUCUGCAUCAAACAGCAGCAGCAAGGAGAAGGGCUGCUGUGUCCUUUUCGAUCUGCACAAAACAGCAGCAAAAACAACCAGCUCUAUCGAGCCGCUGCGUUGCCUUCGCUGCCACGCCAAAACAGCAGCAUUAG